AUGGCGCUACUUGGUGGCGGCUGGACUGCAAUACAAAGGCGAACAAGAGGAUCUGUGAACUUCACACGGACGUGGGCUGAUUACAAAGUCGGGUUUGGAAUCCCAGAAGAUUAUUGGAUAGGACAUGCUGCUAUUCACCAACUAACGAAGGAUCGGCCAUCUCUUUAUCUUUCAAUCAAAGCAAAAAAUGGAUAUAAAAGAUACGAGCUUUAUAACCAGUUCUCUGUAUCAGAUGAAAACGACAACUACAGACUCUUUCUUGCAGGACCAGUAUCAGGAACGCUUGGUGACAAUAUGAUAAAUACAGAUCGAGUUAUUCUUGGAAUGGGAUUUUCCACCCUAGACAGGGAUAACGAUAAUAAGCCAGGGGAUUACAACUGUGCUGUCAGAAUGGAAGGGGGAUGGUGGUUCAAUGCCUGUCACCGAGCCUUCCUUAACGGACCCUGGGCCCCGGGAAACUGGCUGGAACCCUGGCCGCCAUAUUUCUGGAAUGGACUGGAUAUAGCUGAAACUCAAAUAAUGAUAAAAUCCCGUUAA